AACUUUUGUAAUCAGAAACUUUCAAUUCGGCUUUAUCUAGAUGUUAAGCUAUCAGCUCUGAGGCUUUAAAUUGCAAUCACGUCAGUUAUGAAGGUCCAGAAGAAGAAUUUGUGCCACACUUGUCGGAAGCGUAAACUUCAGUGUGAUGGCAAGUUUCCAGCAUGCUCACAAUGUCUGCAUAGCAAGAGAAAAUGUGGAGGAUAUCCCGAGGCCCUGUUCGUACCGUUCAAAGCGACUAGAUCUGGAAGAGAGGAAGAAACUUCAUAUAAAUCCCCGACAUUGCAGUCGGGACUAGCAUCCACACCGACUCCUACUGACUCUGUCUUAAGUACAUCAAAUUGUGAGGAAGUACCGAAUGCCUCCCACGAAAUGAUUGGAUCGAGCAAGGACUCAUCGUCGAUGUCCCAUCAACGUCUAACGGGUCUUGAUACCACACAAGAAAUUAUCUUCAUAAUCUUACGUGAUUUCGUUCCUUUGGAUGGGACUGGUUUUGAGACUCCCACAUCACUUGCACAAUCUCCUCGGGUAUGUGGCUCAUGGGUCACAGCCUUACCUGAGCUGUCUAUCGAUACAAUUGGUCCCCUUGCUGAAUGUCUUCAAUCAGCGUCAAGUGCUUUAGCUCUGUCUAUCACUGCUUAUCGAAGUAUCACAAAUAUGGUCAACUUCAUUUCUAUUCAGUAUGAAAAAAGUCUCCAUCUUUUGGCGCAGAAUUUGGCAGUAUCCAAAGGUGCCUAUCGAAACGAACUCGUAGCAUCGUUUAUGUGUUUAGCCCUCGUAGAGGUCCUCUCACCAAUGCAUCAAUCCAGCUGGCUGAUACAUGUGGAAGGAGUUAGUAGAAUGUUUCAACUCUCACCUCCUGAUAUUUUUGCGUCUGGUGUUGAACACACUCUCUUCAUAGGCUUCAGACCGCUAUUAAUACUCCAAGCUUUCAUUCUUCGUAAGGCAACAUUUUUGGCAGAGAACUCUUGGGUCCAUACGCCUUUCCAGAAUUAUCAUGCUUCACAAUUACAAAGUCUUCUACGUGUGGCUGCGUGUAUUCCGGGGAUUCUAGAGAGCGUCGAUGUGACAAUGCACAAUCCCUAUACCGCCACUAUAGAAAUCGCGCAAGAUCAAAUUACAGAGCUAGUCAACGCAAAAGCUCGUCUUGAAGCCUGGUGCUGUUCGUGUCUGAAAACUUCAUCAAGGCUACUUUAUUGGCGACGAAGUAUUGAAGUAGAGGAUGAACGUAAACUUGAUCUGUGGUGGUUCCAAGAUUUGAGUACCGCCAAUGUUUUUGUCUACCUUUGGGCUUUUCAACUUAUCUGCUUACUAAAUAUUCAUUGUAUUUUUGAAAUGUACCCGGAAUUGGAGCGGUUAAUUGACAACGCGACAUAUGACGCAAAGGGAGUCCGAGAAAUUUGUCUCGAAUUGAGUGUUCAAAUUUACCAGAGCAUGGAAUAUAUUCUUCAAGAUGAAUUCAUGCUUUAUGGUAUUUCCUCUACACGUUUCCCAUUGCAGACAGCAUGUGGAGCGCUCAAUUUGGAUGCAAAGGGUCGGAACAUAUUGAAGUCACUAGAUCAAACAAUCAUAGCUCGUUGCAAGAUGAAAGAUGCAUGAUUACAGCAAUUGACAUAUAGGGAGACACUCUUAUAGAUAUUCUUGUACGAACAUGAGUCAAUAAGCUUGAGUAAUUAGACUAUUAUGAUAUACUGAACGAGAGGACUGGACUCAAAGGACAUAAGGAUUGCACCUUCCGGUAGAUAGCUCUUGGAGGUAAGAUUUUAUGAUAGUAAGAAUAAUUAUUAUUAUAAUAAUAGGGGAAGAUCUAGUCAGUUUAGGCUUUAGGGACGAAUCGAAUAUAUAUAAGAGUGAAUUGAAGUCAAUUUAUAAGAGUUAGG